AUGUCGGCUAACGAUUUUUACUCUUCGGGUCCACAAGGCGAAAGAUCUGACAACAACCAGAACCAACAGCAACAAGCAGGUCAGGAAGGUCAGGAGGGUGAGAGAGGCUUGCUUUCCACCGUGAUUGGAGGAGCCGCUGGAGCUUACGGUGGUGGCAAGGUUUCUGGUCAGCACUCCACUUUGGGAAAGAUUGCAGGAGGUCUUGUAGGUGCCUUGGCUGCAAACAAGAUCGAAGACAAGUUUGAGGAGCGCCACGAAAACAAACACAACCAGGGCGGCUAUGGCGGUCAACAUGGCGGUUACGGCAAUCAUCAGGGCGGUUACGGUGGUGGCCGUGGUGGUGGUCCAGGUGGUCCAGGUGGUCCAGGUGGCUAUGGUGGCCAGGAAGGUUAUGGUGGUCAACAGGGAAGCUAUGGUGGUCAACAGGGAGGCUAUGGGGACCAGAGUGGGUUUGGUGGCCGCGGCAAUGACUUUGGUGGUCAGCAGGGUGGCCAGGGAGGCAGAUGGUAA